CACAUUGCUUCAUAAACGACCGACCUAGGGGCUCGCACCCCGAAUACCUAAUAACCAAAAAUAACUAAGCUUCUGUGAAAGUUUUGGAAGUUCGACUGGGGAAAUGAUGAGCUUUAGGACUGUUCUAUUAUGCAUCGGCACGCUAGCCAUCGCAGCAGCUGCCCCGGCGGUGCAAAGACACCCCGACAACGCCCCACAAGCCUCAGAAUACGAAUACGACUAUGAGAACGCCCCACAAACUGCGCAAGCGCAAGAGCCACAGGAAUCCGCCAGCCAUUAUGACGCGUACAUCCAAGACGUCAAAGCUGCUGCCAGCGGUGGUAACGGAGGCAAGAAAGGUUUCAGUCAAGGAAGUGGUUUGAGGACGAUCGCUGUAGGGUCUGCCAAUCAAGCGAAGACAGCGCUGGGUAACCAAGCCGCUGCAGGAUGGCAGGCGGCGUAUCAAGCGAAGAAUACGCUGGCUCAGUCCGCUGCGCAAGCUAGUGCGACAGCGCAGGCCGCGCUGGCUGGGAAACAAGUGAUCCUGUCAGGGCUGGAGCAGCAAGUCAGAGAUGCGAAGGUCUCUCUGCAAGGAGAGGAAAUGCAGCUGCAACAGGCAAAGAGAGCGGCGCAGUCCGCCGCGCAGGCCGCUCAGCAGGCUAUGCACCAGGUGCAAGUAAUCCAAGCGGCACUGAAUGCAGCGCAAGCGACAUCAGAAAACGCUAAUGAGGCGGCGUCACAGGCAGCAGGCGAGCUCGGGGCCCAGACCGCGAUGGUGGGCGCUGCCAGGCAGAGGCUCAGCGCGCUGCAGGAGCAGCUGCAUGGAGUGAGGAUCGACUUCGAGGCCACACAGGCCGCGGCGAGAAAGGCUCAGGCGGCAGCACAACAAGCGCAGGCUAACGCAGCAGCCGCGGCAGCUAAGGCGGCAGCAGCCGGUCUCGGCGGCGGUGGCCAUCAUGACGUCUCCCAAGAAGGUACAUCCUACGAAGACUAUAAAGUGGCGCCCUCUGCCGAACAGAACCAAGACUACUAUACCAUCCAGUCGAACUAUCAUCACUAGUAACAAUAAGGUUAUAGGUGGCGAGUUUUAGAUGUUUUUUAGUUGUUAGGACGGUUUGAUUUUCAUUUAUUUUCACUGUCUUUCCUUCUUGUUAUCUCUUUCUUUUAAUUCUUUGCUUCUACCUUUUAAAAUUCCUUCUUUUCUUCGUGAGUGUUUAUUUGUUUUUGUUUUUCGUCCUCACCUUCUAUUCCUACCUUCUUUAUAUCCCUUAAUACCUCUUAUUAGUUCUUCAACUUCUUACAUUUACAUUGCAUUUUUUUCACUAAAACUUUAUAAACCUUUACCUGUAAUGUCAUUUUCAUCAAUCAACGUCAUGAUGAUCUAAGAAACAUCUUAACUCAGAACUGUAGUUAUUAUUUAAUAUUAAAAUAGGACAUGCACAGCCAUCCAUAGCAUCAUUCACUAUUUAUUGUAUCACAUCCUAUUUUAAUAUUAAUAUAACAAAGUAGUUACUAAUAACAUGUAAAUAAAAUAUGUGUCUAAUAAUGUAAUAUUAGAUUGUUAUCAUCAGUUGUUUAUGAGUCGUUGUGAUAUUUUUUUACUUUUUAUAAAUGAAUAAAUCACAUUUUAUUUAUUAUGUUGUGAA